UACCAAAAACAUAAACAGCGGCCCUCUUAAUUUAGAUCUGGCAAGGAGGCUUCGUCGGCAAAAUGGAUUCUAGCUAUGUUACAGCAUAUAUAGUGGUUCUGAUCGUUUUCAACAUUCUAGGAUAUCAGUCUAUAACCGGCCUGACACUAUGUGGAAAUAGGGAAAGAAGUAGACAAAAGUCCCGACGGGGUACAAGCUUUCCAAGAAGUGGCAUAUGUCGUGGAAACCCUGGCUGCGAGAAUGGAGAACGGAAAUGCUCAUUUGCCAAACUCUCCUGUCAGUCCGGCUUCUCCAUAUACAACCCUGUGGUUCAGGGGCUACACACGUCCGAGACAGGUAGCUGUACUGGGCUAACGCCACAAAUUAUGCAAGAAACCAGCGCGUGCUACUGGAAUAACAUGUGCACGGUUGCAUACCCCAAGGUUCCUAUGAUGAUCAGGCACUUGGACGGCGACGAAAACUGUUCUGGAAAAUGUGUAAAUGCUGUACAUGUAAGGAGCUGGCAAUGCGUCAAGAAUACAAUGGUUCAUAAGAUGUGCGAUGGAACAAAGGAUUUCGUCAUCGACAUAACUAACGAUGUCUCACGCCAGGGCGUUGUUCGGAGCCAUGAAGCCUGGCCUUAUCUGUCUCAUGCACAACUUACCCCUGACGAUGGAACGGAAUGUAACAAAACCUUCUAUCCUCACCUUCUUGGAGUUCGAGAGGGAUUCACCAAGUUAGCGCUGUCUGUCGUCUUCUUGGAUAUCCGACCGGAAUUUGAAACUCUCCGCGCUGUGUCCGACGGCAAAACCGUCGAGUUUCGCAACAACGAAUCCCCAAAAGUGCAUGUUUUUCCAGAUGCACAAACAGUGGUUCUUAGUCUGAAGACGUUUGGUGGCUACAACAACGACGACGACAAUCGUGUUGGUGGUGCUGGGUUUGUUAUCUGUUUUAUAUUUGUGAAAAGGGGAGAGAAUCCAAGUAGAGAUGACGUAUGCAGAAAGGUGUUUAGGGACAACCAGAGGGACGCCAAGUGUGUCAAUUGUAAGUACAAGAAAGGGGGUAAGCCGAUCCGGGAUUACUGUUGGGAUAAGCAAGGAUUCCGGGUGCACAACGUUACCCUGGCCAGAACCAAGCAAACUAAAGACGGCUGUAGUCCGUGGACUUUGCGUGAGAAACCAUGCAAGAAGAGAAAAGCAUCGGACGGUAAGACAGGGGGAGGCUCCAAUGGAAACAGACAACGCAAGCGUAAGGGAAAAAAAGGUCGUAACAAGGGGAAAAAAACGGAGCAGGUCGAGGGGGUGAAUUAAGGACAUGCAAUAAGGCUUCGGGACAUGAGUGACAGUUUGAGGAACUCGUGAAAUGAUGAAUUUGAUAACGGUUCAGAAAAAUGGCAGGUUGCGGUUAUCUGGUGAUGCGUUGAAAUGAAUGAAAGAACAGAUACAAUUUUGAAAGGAUGGAUAAGGAAUAACAAUAUGAAAGAAUAAGAAGUACGGGUAAAUUCUGUUGAAUAAAAAGGCGAGUUUAUCGACAGAAAAGGGGCAGAGCGUUAGACGGUUUUAUGACUGGCUGGGAGAUGAAUGAGAAUGUUACAAGUUACUAUGUGUUGUAUUAUAAGUGGUUCAAUGUAACAAUCCCAAGAUCAUAAUGACAAUCUGUAAUCAUUUAUAUAUCUUGUAUGAUUAAAAUAUUACAAUGCGCAAACAAAA